AUGGCAGAGAUUCAAGCGGUGCUGCUGGUCCUGCUGUACAUGUCUCACUCAUCAUCUGCCAUUUGCGGCUCCCAGAAAGCCAUCAUCGUGGACGACUCCAAGGAGAACCUCGUGGGCAGCAACGAGUUCCCCUGGGUGGUGUCCCUACAGGACCCAGAGUACACCCACCUGGCAUUCGGCUGCAUCCUCAGCGAGUUCUGGAUCCUCAGCACUGCUUCCGCUCUCCAGCACAGGAAGAAGGUCAUUGCUGUUGUCGGUAUAGCAAACAUGGAUCCCAGAAAGAUUGAUCACACAGAGUACCCAGUCAAUACCAUCAUCCUCCAUGAAAACUUCAAUAACAAAUCCAUGAGCAACAAUAUAGCCCUCGUGAGGACAGAAUCUGCCAUACAUUUCGACAACAUGGUCCAGGCCAUCUGCUUCCUGGACAGAAAGCUACCUAUAUCACCAGCCUUGAAGAACUGCUGGGUGGCAGGAUGGAAUCCCACGUCUGCAACAGGAAAUCACAUGACAAUGAGUAUCCUGAGGAGAAUCUCUGUGAAAGACCUUGACCUGUGUCCUGUACCUAAAGAACGGAAAACAGAAUGUGCCAGUAGCACAAAUAUGGAAUCCAACAAUGCUUGCCUGGGGGAACCAGGAAGCCCUUUGAUGUGCCAAGUGAAGAAGCUGGAUCUCUGGGUCCUCAGAGGAAUUCUGACCCAUGGAGGUGACUUGUGCCCCGGCCUGUUACUGUAUGCCAAUGUGGAAGACUACAGUGACUGGAUCAUAGCCAAGACGAGGAGGGCUGGCCCUUUCCUGUCUGCGCUCAACCCCUGGGAGAAGUUGGUCCCUGAGUUCCAAUUUGACGAAUCAAAUAUUGCCCUGACAAAGAGCGUGUAUUCUGUACAUAGCCAUGCUGAAUGGCCCCGAUCCUACUCCCAAGGAUCAAAAAUGUCCUCUCUGUAUGACAUGUCAACAGAUGAUGGGAAGAACUUCAGGGUAAAUGGUCUUCAGGAAGCAGGCUGGCCUUCGAAGGUGGCUGUUCAACCUAUGUACUACGACUACUACGGUGGGGAGGCGGGGGAAGAUGGGGCUAUGGCUGGCCAGAACAGGCUGCAUUGGCCCCAAGAAAUAAUCUUGAUGUCCCUCGUGCUUGUUUUCUUGGGCAGUGGUGUCUAG